ACCAACUAUCGCUACCCUCGGAUCACCCCAAAAAAUCAAGAAUAACCAAAGCCAAACAAGUGGUCAAAAACAGUCACAAGCAAAACCACAAGAACAAUCCUCUUAAAACACACAACCACACACUAAAAUCCAAAACAACAGAAACCCAACAUCCAUAUUCACACGGUUCUACGUGUACAUAUCAAUAACCACUUCAUUCCCCAUAUUCCUACAAACCAAAUUUAUCACAAACUACAAAAAUCUUUUAUCUCAUUUCAACUAGCUAGAAUCAUCACAAAAACUUGAAUAUUCAACAUGGGUCCAAUUGUAUUAACUCAAUUAGCAACAGGUCUUAGCAUGUUAGCAGGAGCAGCCUUGGUGAAAUCUGUAAUGGACCAAAACAACAUGAUGGGUCCAGGGUCUGACCGGUUUCCAAAGUGUUCUCGUUGCAAUGGCACGGGCCGGGUUAGUUGUCUUUGUAACAGGUGGUCAGAUGGUGACCGUGGCUGUGGAACAUGUGCAGGUUCGGGCCGGAUGCUUUGUAGUAGCUGUGGAGGUACAGGUACUGGUCGUCCUCUCCCGGUUCAGAUUUCGGUUCGUCCUCCGAACCGGUCUUAUUAACAUGGUCACUAGUUUGGUUACUUGGUGAAUAUAGAUGUAAUCUUGUUUCAUUUGAAUAUAUAUAUUUCUUAGUUAAAAUGUUUCGGAUGUAAUAUACUCUAGAUUACAUUUACAUACUUGAUAUCUUUAUAACAAUAUCAACUUAUAUA